AUGCCGUUCACUAUGAAUUCGAGGAAGCAGACUGGUCAGUUAAUCUUUCACAUCUUUGGACCAACAGCAUUUAGUAAAACGAAUAUCCAAAAGGCAUCCACGCUCGGUAUUGGAAGUCUGAAAAAAAUUUCCCUCUCGAACCAAACAGAAUAUUUUGUGCAGAGUGAUAAAAGAUCGUUUGAUGGCGAGGAUUCCAAAACAGUGGAUUCUGAAAUUAUUUCAGGUUCCGAAAGAGAAACAAAGACAAAGAUUUAG